AUGGGUAUCACCAGAGGAAGCAGCAAGGCCAAAGGGCAGUCAGCGGAUCCGGUUCUCACCCGUCUAGUCGCAGAAGAUACCGUCUCGUGGGUUCGCAAGCCGCACUUGAGGAAUCUUUACCUGCUCCUUGUGCCAGCUGCUAUUGGCAUUGAGAUCACGUCUGGGUUCGACUCGCAACUCAUCAACGCUUUGCAGAUUGUUCCCUCAUGGAUCCAUUUCUUCGGAAACCCGCAGGGCUCGCUCAAGGGCAUCAUCGGCGCAGCGUACUCCCUCGGUGCUAUCCUCUCGCUUCCUUUCAUUCCCAUGGUGGAUAAUUGGGUCGGACGUCGUGGCUCCAUUAUGGUCGGCUCCAUCAUCAUGAUCAUCGGGGCUCUCAUCCAGGGUUUCUCGCAGAAUGUAACCAUGUAUAUCUUCGCUCGACUCAUCCUCGGUUUCGGUAUCCCUGCCUGCAUCGUCGCUGGCUCCUCCCUCAUUGGAGAACUCGGUUACCCUAAAGAACGCCCCGUCCUCACCUCUCUUUUCAAUGUUUCCUACUUCGUCGGCCAAAUCAUCGCCGCCGGCAUCGUAUUCGGUACCAACAGUAUCCCCAACAACUGGGGCUGGCGCGUCCCUUCGCUCCUGCAGCUCGUGCCCUCACUGCUUCAAUGUAUAUUCGUGCUUUUCCUUCCCGAGAGCCCACGCUGGCUCGUCAGCCACGACCGCGUCGAGGAGGCAGAGGCCAUCCUUGUGAAGUACCAUGCCGAAGGGAACGCAGAGAGCGAACUUGUGAAGGGAGAGAUUGCGCAGAUCCGCGCGACCAUUGAGCUGGAGAGUGAGGCGGCGAAGAGGGGGUGGAUGGAUCUGUUGGCCACAAGUGGGAUGCGGAGACGUACGCUCAUCACAGCUAACCUAGGUCUGUUCACGCAAUGGUCUGGCAACACGCUCAUUUCAUACUACUUCGGCGACCUCAUGAAGAUGAUCGGUAUUAAAGAUUCGCUCACAAAGCAGAAGCUCAACGUCGGGUACGCCGCGUGGUCCCUCGUCACGGGUGGUGCCGUCGCCCUCGUCGUCACCCGCUUCAAGCGCCGUACUCUGUACAUGAUUUGCACGUUGUCUCUGCUCGUGGUGUACACUGGCUGGACCAUCGCUUUCAAGUAUGCCGUCACGGCCGACAAGGCGAAGGGGCACAACGGACCAGCUAGCGCUGCGAGUGCGUUUUUUAUCUUCGCAUACCAGCCAUGUUACAACAUUGGUUUCAAUGCUUUGACUUACACCUACAUGGUCGAAGUAUGGCCCUACAUGGAGCGCUCCCGCGGUAUCGCCAUCUUCCAGCUCUUCGGGCGUCUCGCUGGUUUCUUCACCACCUUUGUCAAUCCUAUCGGUCUCGAGAACAUUGCGUGGAAGUGGCUUAUCGUGUAUGUCGCGUGGCUCACGUACGAGGUCGUGUUUGUGUGGUUCCUGUUCCCUGAAACGGCGAACCGUACGCUUGAGGAACUUGCUUUCUGUAAGUGGAGUCCAUGGUUGUAG